UGUUUGUUUAAUGGUAAGUUUAAAGAAAAACCCGUUUACGCUUGAGCGUAUUUACUUCAAAAGACACGCACAGAUUGACAAUGGUUAUUGUCUGUCAAACACACAAAACCUAGAUGACAAUGUCGUGUAGCGAUUGGAAUAUACAAUCUGCUCAUAAUAACAAUGAAUUGCCAUGUCCAAUUUCCAUGUAAAGGUUUGAUAAGCAGGUAGUUUAUAAUCAUAAUCAGAAAUGGUAGUUGCAUAAUGGAUACUUUUCAACUAAAAACACGAUCGAAAUCGACAGGACUCUACAGCGGGGGCAAGUACCGGUGUGAGGCCACGAUGUCUUGUACGCAGUGUGGGGGACAGUGUUUGCCAGGAUGUUGUAAAAUGGGCAACGGGGGAAACAGUGCCGGCAUGGGAGGUUGCGGUUGUGAUGGGAAAUCCGCAGGAGGCGAUAAAGCUGACAGUGGGAAAGGCGGUGAUAGUGGUGGAGGAGACAGAGGUGCUGGAGGCGCGGGUGAAGGGGGUGGAAAGGACGAUAAUGGGAGAUGUUGUGUCCUGCAGAAUCGAUGAUUGUUUUUAACUCGAAAUACAUUUAUUUAAUUUACUUGAUUAUUUGUGCGAGUUGUUUUGUUUUGUAUACGUGUAUAAUUGAGUUUAGCAUUGUGUGCAUGUACGAAACGGAUUGAUGUAAAUUAAAAUAUUACUUACACGAAUUCGUGAUA